AUGGCCAGUUUGGAGGAGUUUCGUGCCUAUCGCUCGCCGUUGAAGGAUUUCUACGACGGCAAAACGGUCCUGCUGACCGGCGGCAGCGGUUUCCUGGGCAAGCUGAUGAUUGAGAAGCUAGUGAAGUGUAAUGUGGCGAAGAUCCUGUUAAUUUUGCGACCCAAGAAGGGUGUGAAACCGGUCGACCGGCUCGAGGAGCUGCUGGGGAAGGAGGCCGUUUUCGUGAACUACGCCACCGAGCCGCAGCUAUACUGGUCACGGAUUCGCAUCAUUUCCGGCGACGUGAGUGAGCUGGGAAUCGGAGUUGCGAACGAUGAUCUGGCGUACUUGUGCGAGCAUACGGACCUUAUCAUCCACGCCGCAGCCGACGUCCGGUUCGAUGAGUCGCUCAGGGAGUCGAUCCAGACGAACGUCCGUGGCACGCACGAGAUGUUGAAGAUUGCCGAAAAGUGUACCAAGCUGCAGAUGUUUAUGUACAUCUCGACGGCCUUUUCGAACUGCGUGUUGGAGGAGAUUGGCGAAAAGUUCUACGAGCCCGUGAUCGAUCCGACGCUGCUGAUCAAGGUCGCUGAACGGGUGCAGGAUGCGGACGACUUUGAAGUGCUGGCGCGGAAGAUCAUAGCACCGUGGCCAAAUACGUACGCGUUCACCAAAUCGCUGUCCGAGGAGAUCGUCCGUCGGUACAAGGCAAAACUUCCGGUCGCCAUCAUUCGGCCAUCGAUUAUUACUACGACCAAGGAGGACCCGGUAGCCGGGUGGACCGAUAAUCUGUACGGUUUCAAUGGGGUCGUCGUCGGGGCUGCCACAGGUGUGCUGCGUAUCUUCCACAUCCGCAUGGACUACAAGGCGAGCAUCGUGCCGGCGGACACGGUGAUCAACGCCACGCUGGCGGCCAGCUGGUAUGCGGUCCAGCACCCGGCGGAGGACAACGUGUUCAACUGUACCACCGACGAUAACCCGGUGAGCUGGCGCGACACCCAGCGGCAGCUGGAGAAGUGGAAACACUCCAUGACCUUCGAGAAGUCGCUCUGGAUCACGACGUACAACACGACCCGCUACCAGCUGGUGGCAGACUUCCUGGCCAUCUUCUACCACCUACUGCCGGCGCUCCUGUUCGACACCGUGCUGAGGCUGCGCGGCCAGAAGCCACAGGUGCUGCGGCUCUACCAGAAGGUGCACCGCUUCUCGGCCGUGCUGCGCUUCUUCACCAACAACCAGUGGCGGUUCCGGAACGGGCGCAUGCGCACGGUCCUGCAGGCGAUGGCGACCGACGAUCAGCGGUACUUCCCGUGCGACACCAAGGCGAUCGUGUGGAAUGACUUCCUGGACGACCAGAUCAAGGGCUUGCGGGUGUACCUGAUGCGCGACCCUUUGGACACGCUUCCGAGAACGUUUGCACGGCAUCGGCGACGUUUGCUGGCCCACCGGCUCAUGCUGGCGGGACUCUUCGGAGGAUUGGUCUAUUUCGCGCUGUACCUAGCGGACUCCUGGGGUCUGGCGACUCUCCUCGGCUUCCAGGUUGCCGCCGCCGGGCUAGACGGUUUGAAAACGGCUUGA